AUGAAGGUCUCAAUUUCUUCUCGUGCAUCAUCCCCAUCAUCCUCAUCCACCAACAAUUUAGACCCAACUAUGUGCAACUCCAAAAGCACCACUUCAGGGUGUCUCACAGCCAUCUUGCGCAAGAUACUUUGCUCUGAUGGCCUUCCAAGAGACCCAUCUGACCAAAAAACAGAAUUUGAUUCAUUAGAUGCAUUGGUGAGUAGCAAAGAUCACCACUUGGAGGCUAAGCAUAGUGUUGAAGGUGCGGCUACUACUACUAUUACUACUACUCCUGGAAUAGUAGCAAGGUUAAUGGGUUUGGAAUCAAUAGAGAUACCUUGUGUACCAAAACCAAGUUCACUUUCACGUAGCAGAUCCAUGAAUUCUGUGGACUACUUGGGAGAAUGCAAUGGAAUGGAGGGUCAUAAGAAGGUUAAGUCGACCUUGUCAUUUAGAGAAGCUCCAACUUUUCUUUUGCAUGAAAAUGACAACUUUUUGGUAUUUAAUUUUGAAAAUGGAGGUCAGAGUAGAGAAUUCAAAUCCAAUGGGAGAAAAAGAGAAACGGGUUGUGCAGAAUUGAAGCAGAAGGUGCUAAAAGAAAGAGGUGAAUUGAGAGAAAACAAGAGUGAAAAGGUGAAUGAUGAGAAGGGGAAACACAGCAAAAAAAGGGUGUCUCCAAAGCCUUGUAGAAAUGAUGGUAAACUUCAAGAAAUCACCAACAGUUCACAUCCUUUAAAGGCUUUAAAUGAAAAGCAGAAGUGUUUUGAUUCUGAAGCAGUGAAAUUGUCACACAUCAUCAACCGCAAGGAAGUUGUGGUUGGUGAAAAGCAGAAGAGAAAGAAAAGAAGGAAGAAGAAAACAAUUUGUCACCCUGAAAACAAGAUAGAAAUUGAAUGCAAGUCAGAAGAUUCAAGCCCAGUUUCUGUCCUUGAUUUUGAGCGUGAACCAUGUGGAACAGUUGGUUUGAAUUCAAGAAGAAAAUUGUCACCAGAGCUUGAAAAUGACCAGCACUUUCUUCAGCGUUCUGAUGGUAACUUGAUGAUUGAUGAGAGGAAGGUUAAGGCAAUUGAGAACAACAAAUAUGAAGGAUCAAAGAAAAUAGCGAAGCAUAGUCAUGAGUACAUAGGUGUUUGGGGUGAAGCUUGCGGAAUAGUUGAAAAUGAAUUGGGUGCAUCAAAUCAUGCAUGGACUAAUAAACAAGGUGAUUUAGAUGAAAUUAGUGCAGAUUUUGGGUCAGAAAUUUUUGAUCACUUGUUAAAUGAGGUUGUGGAGCAACUUGUUUGCAGUCACUGA